UAUACAGCUACAAAGGUCCUUAUGGAUAACAGGGCAAAUGUCAAUUAUCGUCAGCCAAACGGCAGGGCGAUUUUACAUAUGGCGGUAGAAAGAGCGUCUCGGGAUAUUAUUGCAUUGUUACUUGAAGCAGAUACAACUAUUGUUGGUGUGGUUGACAAUGAUGGCUUCUCGCCGCUGUCAUUCGCUGUAAUGUGCGGGAAUCAUGACGCCGUGACAACGCUAUUAGCCAUUGGGAAAGUUGACAUCGAAUCAGCAGACAAUUUCGGUAGAAUGCCAAUGUGGUAUGCAAAGAAUCAAGCCAAAGAUGAACGUCUUGUACAAAUUCUCCUCAGACAUAGUACCGAGGACUUAGACGUCGAUGACAGCGAUAAUCCAGACAGUGAUGAUGAUUUGGGGCCCAGCGUUGCCUUGCCUGAGAAGGAGUCAAAACGCCGUCUCUCAAACGAUGCCAGCGACACAUUGCCUCGUAAGAGGCGGCAUUAA